AUGGCUGAUAAUCGGAAUCCCGCGACCGCAGCGGCGCCCCCAGAUCCAUCAUCCCCCUCGCCGCCCCUAGACAUACGCAAAAUCUUCGAUUCGUUCAUCAUCAUCUUCAACGUCUUCAUGAUCAAGAUAAACGACAUAAUUCGGGAGACCUUCCUAAAGUACCUCCAAGAGUACUUCUGCCUCGACGAGUGGGGGAUGAGACAUAUCGAGCACGUGUUCGCGGUGACCUUCCUACUCUCGUCUUCCAUUUUCGGUUUCUUGACUGACAGGUUCUCCAGGAAAUACCUCAUCGUCUUUGGGGUGGGUGUGUUGAACGUCAGCAUCCUGUGUGAAUCCUUCGUCAGCGCGUACUGGAUCUUCCUGGUGCUGCACGCUCUUGAAACCUUGGGCAUAACGUGUGUCUACGUCGUCAGCCUCCCCAUGCUCGGCGACCUGUUCGUGGGGGAUAUACGCUCCAGAAUGCUCUGCGUCUACUACCUGAUGCGGCCACUAUCCAGAAUGAUUGUGUUAUUGGUCAGGACGCAAAUCCAGAUACUGUUGGGCAGCUGUUGGUCGAGUUUACGGGCCAGCUUCGUCGUGGGAGUGGUCAACGUGGUACUAGGACUAUUGGUACUACGUGAACCACCUCGCGGCGAAGUCGACGGGCGGCAAAUGGAAGUCACCCCUAUCGAGGAAGACUUGAAGUACCUUUUGAGGAACAGGACCUACAUGAUGACGACGUUGGCUCUAACAGCUAUGGCUUGCUGUCAAGGAGCUCUAACGACAUUGUUCGGUACGCUCUUAUUCGAUGGCUUGAAAAUCAAUAACCCCGACCUCGACCCCUACGUCGUGAGUUCUAUCUUCGAGUUGAUCAUCCACAUGUCGAGCAUCGUGGGGCUGCUGGCAGCGUAUCUUAUUUCACGGAAGCUGAAGGAGAAGUACCCCCGUGCAGACCCUCUUAUGUGUAGCAUAGCCCUUCUGACGGCGACGCCAUUGGCCAUCAUAACCACCUACCUGUCCAACAAAGACCAGAUUUCCACCUACGUGGUCUUGUUUUUUGGAAAUGUUUGUCUGAAUAUGAUUUGGGCCAUCACAAUGGAUAUCUGUUUGGGAGUGGUGGUGCCUUCGAGGAAAGGGUGCGCCAUUGGGACAACGCUGUUCUUUGCCUUUGGCUUGGGAAGCACGUGGAGUUCAGAUAUAACAAAGAUAGUUUCAGAUGGGCUUUACCAUUACUACCAAAGCCUGGAAGAGCAUCCGGAUAAUAAAUUUUACGGCCUACAACACGCGUGUUUCUUGUCGUUAGUAGGGCUCAUUGUGGGAGCUGUGUUGUACUUUGCGGCUUCCCUCUCCAUCACCGAUGACCUGAAGGAGGCGAAAGGGAACGCCGCGUAA